UGUGUAUCUAAUUUAAGAGAGAGAGGAGAGACGGUGAAGCGUGAGUGUGUAAUUUUACGGUUUUGCAUGGGUGUCUCUGCUCUAGUUUUUUAUGGAGACACUUUUGUAAAAACGUUCGUAACUUCACACGAUUGCCAGAAACCUCUUUUUGAGUUACAUAAACCAUACCAGCUUAGAGAGGGGGAGGUUUAGAGAGAGAGAGAGGCUAGGGCGAAUGCAGCUCGAGUUUGCCAUCUCUGCAUGUCGCUUCUUGAGCAUUAUUCAGGCUAUGAAAUCUGAUUUCUAGGUGAUUUCUUAUCCAUGGUUGUAUCUCCUUUCUUGAAAGAUUCAAAUAUUCCGCGAAAUGAUGUAAGUCUCUGUAAAUUUCCUCUCUUUGAUCUAUCAUGUUGUGUCACUUAGGUUUUUCAGACUGAUUUUCUGAAUAAUAGCAGAAAUAUUAUUUCUCUUUGAUCCAAAAGCAUGUAUAAAUGAUGAAAUACUGAUCUUCCUGAACUGCGUUUGAGUUGUUCUUGUCUUUGAAUUUACACAAGAUUUGGAGAUGAGAUUGAGGCAAUUCGGUCCUUAUCGUGUGUUCGAGGAUGGAUCUAAUGGUAAUUGGGUUAGCAAUAAUCAUGACCCUGUAGCCAUGGGAUUAGGUGCAUUUCGAGAGAGAGAAAGGGACAUGAUCAAUGCGGGGAAUCAUAGGUCCAUGGCCAUGGAAUUCAAUGCCAUUUUAGAGCGAGACAGGAAUGCUCUUAAUAUGGGUUUCAUCCGUUCUAUGGCCCCAGAAUUCAAUGUAUUUGCAGAGAGAGAAGGGAAUACUAUUAGCGGAGAAGGUCAGGGUCAUAUAAUGCAUGCAUCUGAACUUUCAAGAAUUGGGGCUUGUUCUUUGGGUAGAGGACCAGAUUUUGGUCAAGUUAUGAUUGAUAACUAUUCAAACGUAGCUGUAAAUUAUGGUGAGUAUGAGUAUUUGCAUCAAGGGAAUCCUUUGAUGGCAUUUACCAGCAAUUUUGCGCCCAAUAUAGGAGACAGAAGUAUUGGAGAAAGUACUGUGAAGGAAAUUGGGUUUUCUAGAGGAACAUUGAAUGAAAUGUCCGAUGGGAUAACUCAUCUACAAUUUGAUAAUUUGAUGGAUAAUGUUGUACAAAGAGAACACUUGGACAGUUCUUUGAAUCAAGGAAAAAAACAGGACAGAAGAAAGAAGCAGGCAAUGGUUCCAACAUCUUCUAUGUGUACUGGUCCGAUAACCCUAGAGAGAGAGAACCCGGUAGAAAUUAAUGGCUUUAAUAAUGCUGUAUCAAAUCCUGUUCAAGAUGAGGCGCCCCAAGAAACCCAUGUCAUAGAAAAGGAACACAAGGCACAACAUCCCCUUGCUGGUCCUCUUUUAGCAGCAGGAUGGAAGAUAAUAACGCGACCAGGAAACGGUCGAGCUUAUGGAGAUUCAAUAUAUGUAUCUCCAUCAGGGGCUGCUUAUCAUUCUCUCCCUCUAGCUUUGGACACAAUGAACCGUGAACUUUCGAAACAGAAGGAGAGAGAAUGGGUUGGUUCUCUCUGUACAAUGGAUGGAAUGACUAAGAAGGCUCUAAUGGGUUAUACACCUGAUUUAAACGUACAAUGUGAUUCUUCUAGUGUGGGUCAGGCUAUAUCUGGUAAAAAGAAUUACCAUGCUGUGCGUGAACCAGUUGAGCCAGUGGUCACAAUGGGGGAUCUCUCUCUACCAAAAAUAAAGAGAAAUAAAACACAAAAAGCAAAUCGGAAGAGAGAGAGAAAGGAAGGCGAUGAUGAAAUGAUCUUGAAUGAUGAUGGAGAAAAGAACCCAGUUUGCAAAGUGAAAAGGAAGCGGAAAUCAGGUGAGGGUACUAUAGAUCAGAAUAUUGCAUUGGCAGUUGAGCAAUCUGAAAAGGUUGGUUUAUCUCGACACACUCAGGAAACUAGAAAGACAAUACAUUAUGAAGGCGAUGGAGAUAAGAUAACAGGGUCUCGUGCUAUUCUGCAUAUAUUGGGGCUUGGUGAGCAAGUAUUUACACCGAACACUUGCGGAACCAUUCAGCAUGGAAAUAAGUUACCAGGAGUUCCUGGUGCUUUUUUGAGUCCAGCAGGAGAACCAAGAACCACUCAAAGCACUAGUGGAGAGCCUAAAAUUCCAACUAAUGGGACUAUGGAUUUUAUCGAGUUUAUCACGGGUACACCACACAUAGAUGUUGAAAAGAUGACAGCGAAAGAGAUGCCAAAUCUUGUGUUUCAAAUGCAAAAUUCAGAAAAUUGGCUUUCACAACAAAGAUCAGGUAAAGAAGUUGAAAAGGUGAGAGACAAAGAAUCAUCCAUUUCUACGAUUAAAAAUCAAAAUUUGGGAAAUGAGUUUUUGCAAGCAAGGAAGGAAUUAUCAAAUGAAAUUGUUGCAAUGAAAUGUAACUCCAGCCAUUUGGUGCCAGAAAAGGGGAAGAAAUCUGAGAGUGCCACCAUUGUAGCCGGCUUUGAGAGUAAACAUGGAAAGGUAAAAGCGGGAAAACAUUCUUUAACAUCUGCUACCAAGAAGUCGGCCUCAAAGAGUUCCUCAAUUCAAAACUCAAGGAAAAGAAACAGGGGUGGUGGGUGUGAACUUUUGGUGAGGAGAUCCAUGAAAGGUGAGAAUCAAGAGGACUCCUUAUUAGAAGGAAAGCGAAAUGUUUUGUCUUGGUUGAUUGAUACUGGUUAUUUGAUUGAGAGUGAGUCAGUAUUCUAUAAGAUUAAGAGAAGCACGGGUGGCACCUUGAGAGGUCGGAUCACUAGAGAGGGAAUCAGGUGUAAUUGUUGUAGGAAGGUAGUGUCAUUGUCGGUGUUUGAAGUUCAUGCAGGGAGUUGUCUUUGUCAACCUUGGGAUAACAUUUGCCUUGCCUCUGGUAAGACACUGAUGCAGUGCCUGAGAGAGGCUUGGGAAGAAGAAAAGAAGAGCAGGGAAGCUGGCUUGAGGGUGGUCGAACUCAAUGGUCCAGAUGAAAAUGAUGAUACUUGUGGAAUUUGUGCAGAUGGUGGGGAUUUGAUCUGUUGUGAUAAUUGCCCUUCAACUUUUCAUCAGGAGUGCUUGAUGCUCAAGGACCUUCCCGAAGGAAGUUGGUAUUGCCGACACUGUAAAUGUGCAUUCUGUAUGCUGCCCUCGGACAAAGCUGAUGAGAAAUCUGUCUUGCUCUCAUGUAAUCAAUGUGGUAUCAAAUAUCACUCAAAGUGCCUAUAUGGAAACACCAUUCAAGAGAUGACAGAUGCUUUGACAUAUUGUGGGAACAAUUGCCAGAAGGUGUGCCAUUCUAGCACGAUUCUUGUCUUCUGUGUGUUAGCUGUAGCUGUAUGCUUAUCAAAUAUUAUUGGACUUCGAAAUCCCUUGGAGGGAGGCUUUUACUGGACUCUUCUCAAGCGUCGUGAUAAAGAUGAAGGCUGCGUAUUCAAUCAAAGGCUUUCUGUUUUGGAGUGCAAUGUGAAACUUGCGGUGGCUCUUUCUGUUAUGGAUGAAUGCUUUGUUCCUCUAGUAGAUCCAAUAUCAGGGUUGGAUAUGAUUUCUCAAGUGGUUUACAACUGCGGAUCAAAUUUCAGCCGUUUGAACUAUGAAGGUUUUUACACUAUCACUCUAGAGAAGGAAGAUGAGAUCAUUUCAGUGGCAUCUUUAAGGCUCCACGGGACAAAGCUGGCCGAGAUGCCAUUCAUUGGAACAAGACCCAUGUAUCGAAGAAGAGGCAUGUGCCGUCGUCUUCUCAUCGCCAUUGAAAAUAUGUUAUCUUCACUAAAAGUUGAGACACUUAUAAUUCCUGCAAUUUCUGACUUGCUGGAGACCUGGACAGAAGUGUUCUCUUUCAAACCUUUAGAGUCAUCUCACAAAAAUGAAAUGAGGAAGUUAAACAUGAUGAUUUUUGCUGAUACUGUUUUGCUGCAGAAGUCCAUAUGCAUGGUCACAAAAGAAGAUAUGCAAGAAGGUAGUAGGCAUGCUGCUAAUGUUGGUAAACUGGGGAACAACAUCCAGGAACCUAAGAGUUUGUUGAACUUGUCUGGUUCAAUGGAUUCCAAUGGUGCUUUAAUUGGCAUUGGACAUCCUUCAAGUCGGGCUUAUAAUAGAUUCAUAACUGAGGAAUCUGGACCAAAGAACACUACCCUUGGGCCUUAUAAAUUUAUCAAUGAUCACGUGGUCUCCAAAAGCCCUAUGGAAUUUUUCCAAGAGAAAGCUUCAAACUCAGCUAAUUGUGAAGUAUAUUCUGUUCAGGGUUUUGUAUGUCCUCAAGCAAUGCAUCAUUUGGAUACUACGGUCGAUAAGAGAGUUGUUAACAUAGGACUGGUUGAUACUUCAUUGAGCUCUGAAAACAUGCUGAAGUUAGAAGAUCAUAGCCCACUAUGGACGCAAAGUACCAAAGAGUCAAGGGAUACCCAUGUGGAUGUCAGGCAUUGUGGUCUUCCUAUGGAGAAUUUGCUCAGUAUUCAGAGCUAACUGGAGGGGGAUAAACACUUUGGUUACUCGAACCAGUAGUUGCCAUUUCUAUUGCAUAUCCUUAUCAUCUCUACAGCUAUGGUGUGCUGAUUGGAGAACGAAGGUGUGCAUAGCUUCUCACAAGAACUCAUCAUCCAUAAGUGGUACUUUGACUUAAGCCUACCCAGACGAAUUGUUAACUAAUAAACAAAUUUUGAGGAUCUGGCUCCCUUUUCUCCAUUUCCCUGACAUGGAUAUUUUGGAAAGGUCCUUUACGUCUCCCAAGCAUUUAACAUCGUUCUAAUGUGUCAGAAUGCCUGGGUAUUCAGAAUGCAGCCACUGCUGAGGCCCUGAAAUGCUGUGGAGGUUGAGCCCAUGUAAUUUUCUCUUGCUUGACAGAAUCUUGGUGGAAAAGGUGUUGGGCAUUGGAAGCUAGCCUGAAAAUACCAAACAGUCUCUGUGAGAGAUUGUUAAAAUCUUCAGCUUAAGUAUUUUGCAUGAAUAGAAGAGAACAUAGUUUGAGGAUGCCCCACAAACUCUGAAAUGAUUUACAGAAAGAUACAGGCUUGUCUGCUGUGAAGUCAUGCUCUCUAGUUUUCACACAUUUGGCUUUUUAAAAUUGUGACCAUUUUGUAUAUAUUUAAGAUGCAAGUUAUUUGAUGGGGCUGCUUGAGUUUUUGAUCAUGUAAAAGGUUUCAUGGCGCCCUUUUAAAACCUUUUGUGUUCAUUUGUUUGGAAAGAAAAUGAGAAAUCACCAUGGUUUUACUGCAUUGCA